UGUACGCUGAUUGGAUACAAGGAGGAGUUCACCGUUAAGAAUUCUAAUGGUCAAAUAGCGUGUACAUGUUAUUCUCUUUCGUUCCGGGAUGCAACUUUACCUUGUUUGGCUCCAUCCCCCUGGGUUGAACAUAUACGUACCUUCCGGGCUAAGCUAUUCAAAAAUUUCAAAAAAUUCCGGCAGAAAAAAGCAACAACAAGGAAGAACACCGACACUGAAGAUAUGGGUUGGGGAGAUUUUCUCAAGCUUGUCGCAAAAUUCUCCAGUUUUCUUUCCUGGCCUUCAUUCACUAUGCUUUUUCCUCUGUAUGUUUCGGUUCGGGCAAUAGAGAGUGGUUCCCCCUCCAAAAAUCAGCAGUGUCUCAGUUAUUGGGUCCUGUUUUCUUUGAUGAAUAUCUUGGAGUGGUUGCUUGCAAAGCUUUUAGAAUGGCUUCCAUUCUGGUCUUAUGCAAAGGGUAUGUCAACUGUUUUGUUGGUGAUACCUUACUUUGGCGGUGCUUUUUAUGUCUACAAGCACUUCAUAAGGCCCUAUAUUUCUGAGAGUUCCCAUAUACUGAACUCAGCAGAGACUAAGCAGAGCACCUUUCUAGAUGUGACUGAGAGAAACAUUAUCAAAAACAAACCGGAAGGGAAGGAGGAAGAACUCUUCCAAUGUCAGGAAACAUUGGAGUCCAGUUACGGCAGUACAGAAAUAAAUGUUACUCGCCCAACCAGUCCAAAGAAAGUUCAGAAGGAAUGGAGCUGUGCUCUUUGUCUGGUUAGCACUACAAGUGAAAAAUGUUUAGAGACACACCUCCAAGGCAAGAAGCACAAGGCUAAGAAAGAAAAAUUAAGAGUAGAGAAAUUAAUUAAAAGUGCAAGCAAGUCUUCUUCUGUGACAAAGAGAAGCAAUGGGAUGGAUUUUGUACAGAAUAUCAACCAAAUUGCUAUUGAAAAAUUGAGUGGUCUUCUCAGUCCAGUUGCUGGGUCAAUUAGAUGGUGUAGAUGGAAAAGGCCAGGGUUGGGAUGGACAAAACUAAAUACUGAUGGAUCUGUUGAUCCAGAAAAUGCUGGUUUUGGUGGAUUACUUCGAGAUCAUAGGGGUAACGCCAUAUGUGCUUUUGUCUCUAAAGCACUUGGAGAUGAUAUUUUCUUGGUCGAGCUAUGGGCUGUAUGGAGAGGCCUUGUUCUUGCUUUGGGUCUUGGAAUUAAAGUAAUAUGGGUCGAGUCUGAUUCACUGAGUGUUGUGAAAACCAUUAACAAAAAGCAGCCUUUUAGUCCAAAGGCUGCUAGCUGCGUGAAUCAUAUUUGGGCACUCCUAAAGAAGUUUGAGAAGUAUAAGGUUUCUCAUUCAUGGCGUGAAACUAACAGAGCAGCUGAUCAUCUUUCAAAGAUGGCUAUUUUGGGAGGUGACAUAGUCUUCUGGCCUAGUGAUUUUCCAGAUAGCCUUCGCAAUAUCAUUAAUGACGACGCCAAAGGAAAAAUCUACUGCCGACGGUAACUUCUGACUUUGUCUAGCCUGAGUCUACAUCCAAAUCCUCCCCUUAACUCGUUAGGGCAAAAACUUCCGGUAUCCAUAAUUGGAGGUGAGGGAGAGAAGCUUUAUCCUGGUAAGCUAGCUUACGUUACAAGAAAUGUAUUUUGGACAUGGGAAAGUGAUGACAUAGACGAGAGCAGUAAUACUCUGGGAGUAUAUAUUAAUGGCCUUGUAACAUUAAAAAUUAUCGGCCGGAUGGGUUUCACUCUUGAAAUGGGAAUCUUUGGUUUCGUUGA